UAGCUGCGAGCUGUGCACCAGCGCCAGAAAAAAAAAAGUUGGGUGCUCCAAUUGGCUGGCGGGCAGCAGAGCUUGGGAAUUUUUUUCCCGGCGCCGGAAAUUCCCUCUGAGAAAGAUAUUCCAACGCCAAACCAACCUAAACUCCUCUAUCCACCAACCAACCUCCCUCUCUCCUCCUCUGUUUUCCUGCUUGACUCUCCCAACCGACGGCCAGCUUGUGACAGAGCCCGUCGACAAGCAGCAGAAAAGAAGAAGACGAACAAGUCAAUAAAGCGUUGCUCUUCGCCCGCAGCCCGCCCGCCAUGUCCCGAUUCCUCCGACCCGCAGCUCGCCUGGCUGCCUCAACACGAGCGGCCGCCAUCACCAAGACCGCCUCGCCCUCCUUCUCACAGGCCAUUGCCCGCCCCGUCGUCUUUGGCGGCUCGUCCCAGAACCGAUCCUACGCCGAGGGCGCCGGCGUCAAGGAGUACACGGUGCGCGAUGCCCUGAACGAGGCGCUGGCCGAGGAGCUGGAGAGCAACCCCAAGGUCUUCAUCCUGGGCGAGGAGGUUGCGCAGUACAACGGCGCGUACAAGGUCACCAAGGGCCUGCUGGACCGGUUUGGCGAGAAGCGAGUCAUUGACACGCCCAUUACCGAGAUGGGCUUCACCGGCCUGGCCACUGGCGCUGCGCUGAGCGGCCUGCACCCCGUGUGCGAGUUCAUGACCUUCAACUUCGCCAUGCAGGCCAUUGACCACGUCAUCAACUCUGCCGCAAAGACGCUCUACAUGUCCGGCGGCAUCCAGCCCUGCAACAUCACCUUCCGCGGCCCCAACGGCUUCGCCGCCGGUGUUGCCGCCCAGCACUCGCAGGACUUCACUGCCUGGUACGGCAGCAUCCCCGGCCUCAAGGUCGUCUCCCCCUGGAGCGCCGAGGACGCAAAGGGCCUGCUCAAGGCCGCCAUCCGCGACCCCAACCCCGUCGUCGUGCUCGAGAACGAGCUCAUGUACGGCCAGAGCUUCCCCAUGUCCGAGGCCGCCCAGAAGGACGACUUCGUCCUACCCUUUGGCAAGGCCAAGAUUGAGCGCGCCGGCAAGGACCUGACCAUUGUGUCCCUGUCCCGCUGCGUCGGCCAGUCGCUUGUCGCCGCCGACCUGCUGCAGAAGAACUACGGCGUCGAGGCCGAGGUCAUCAACCUGCGGUCCAUCAAGCCCCUGGAUCUCGACUCCAUCGUCCAGUCCAUCAAGAAGACCCACCGCCUGCUCGUCGUCGAGUCUGGCUACCCUGCCUUUGGCGUCAGCGCCGAGAUCCUGGCUCUGGCCAUGGAGUACGCCUUUGACUACCUUGACGGCCCUGCUCAGCGAGUUACCGGUGCUGAGGUCCCUACUCCUUAUGCCCAGGGUCUCGAGGAGAUGUCCUUCCCUACCGAGCAGCUGAUUGCCGACUUUGCCGCCAAGAUGCUGCGAGUGUAAAUAGAUACACCUAUUACGAAAUGGAGGGUGGAGAGAGAGAGAGAGAAAGGAAAAAAGGGGGGUCAAUAAAGAAGAAGAAAAAGGGUGAUGAUGAUGUACUCUUUUUUUUUUUUUUACCCCCAAAGUAUCUACGGAUAUAAAAACGAAUUUUAUACAAGAAAGAAGAAGAAAGAGAAAAACAAGGGGAGGAGGAUUUCAUCCAGGCAGGCGAAUGUAAUAUCUCGAAUACGGGAGAGAAGUAGAAAUUUUCACUCUUUUCUUUUUUUUAAGAAAAAAAAAUAGGGGGGAGGGGGGAGCCUUCAGGAGGGGGGAGCCUUCAGGAAGGGGGAACUGGAACAAUCGCAAUCAGGGUAGUAGUUAAAAAAAACUUUUGAUAGACUGGCGGGAGAGAGGGCGAGGGGGG